AUGAAUAACAUGAAGGCUUUUGUCGAAAAGUUCCGAAAAUCAUGUGAUAACUUAAAACAGGAUGACGAGCUCUACGUAGAAAAAAAACAACUGAACUCCCUUCACAACUACUUCUCGCACUCGCUGCUCUACCUGGAGAGAUUAGAAAAUGUUAUAAAAAACAUAAAUAUCAUGAUAAGUGAUUUGAAUAGAAGUCUAAUGGCUUUCUUUGAAAACGAUGUGAAUCUAGAAACAAUAAAACAUGUAUCGUACAUACUUAAUACAUUUAAUGAUGUAAGGGAGCAGAUAAUUAGUCAUAUUGCCAACUCGAAGAUGGCCGCAAAUAACACCCUUGAAAAUAUUAAGACGCUACAGAAUUUGUGCACGAGGAAGAAAAAUUUAGGAGCAUCGAUAGAACACUAUGAAAAGAAAAUUAGAAAAUUACAACUGGUUACCCCAUCGAACCAGAAACAUUUGGACAAGGUAAUUAGAAAUGAAGCCAAGUUGAACAUGGUAAAAAAUGAUUACCUAAAAUAUCAUGAUGCUAUUAAGAAAGGGUUUGAAAUAAUCUUGGAAAAUAAAACGAACAAGGUUUUAUUUGAUGCUCGGAAGGACUUGGAGAUUUUGUUGUGUUAUUUCUCCCUCAUGAAUUCCGUUUCCCUGAGGUUGAAGGAUCCUCUGAAGGAGCUGAAAUACGAAUGCUUGGACGGGCAGAAGCCCAAGAUGCCAAUCGAUUACAACUUCUUCCUGGAGGAGGAAGACGACAUGAACGUCUUCAAAGAAAAAAAAAAAGGGUACAGUCAUAGCAACAGCAGGCAAAAUGUGAACAAUAUACUUAGUGUGCGCAGUAUGCAGAGUAUGGAGAAUUCGCAGAGUAUAGAGAAUGUGAAGAGCGUGGAAAAUGCGCAGAGUAUGCAAAAUGCACGGAUCAUGCAGAAUACAAGAAGUAUGCAAAUGAGCAGUGGGAAAAAUAGAGAGCAUAACUACAGUAGUAACAGCAGUGUAAGCAUCAACCCGUUCUCUCGCACCCCACUACCGAGCUUAGAGAACAAAAUGUGCAAGAAACCAGUAAACCUUGCUGCGCUAACCGAACCUGAUGUUAAAAAAGAAUCAACCUUUUUCAACAUUAAAAGUCUUCUAGGUGUUGCUGACAAGUCGGCCUCAUCCUCAGCAUCCCCGAAGGCAAAGAAUUAUUCCUCUUCGAACACUCCCCCGGCCUUUCCGCAGUAG